AAAUGUAAACAUUGAUUUCCCUUCAUUUGGUGAUUGUUACUUUGAUAAUCAAAGUUUGAUUGUCUCUUUCAAAUUAAUUUAAAUGAUGGCCAACAUGGCAGAAUUUACUCCUUUAUUUUGUAAAGCUAUUUCCCUUCUCCAUUCAACAUCUAAAUCAUCAACUGACCAAUUGAAAAGUCUUCUCGAUGAAUGGUUAGCCCUCAAAACGGAUAAAAAUGUAACUAUUGAUUCUAUUAAACCAACUGAGAGUAAACUUAAAGAAUCACAGAAAAGACCAGCUAAGCCCAUUCCUGCUGUUGUUAAGGCUAAAAAAAGUAAAUCUCAUUCAUCUCCAUCGUCACGUAAUCAAAGCCCUGAGCCCAAGUCAAAAGCUUCACCCACUCAAAUUACUCCAUUGGCAGAAGAAUCAAUUGUCUCAAUUAAAAAGGAAGAAGAUUCAGAUGCUACUGAUAUUGAGGAUGAAUCAACGGAUGCUGGUGAAUUUGCUCUUGAAAUGGGACUUGCUUGUGUUGUAUGUAAACAAUUAGACUUUGCUCCAGGUAAUCAGCCUGUUGAAUGCUCUGAGUGUCACAAUUUGUAUCAUCAAGAAUGCCAUAAACCACCGAUUACAGACAGAGAUGUCAGUGAUCCUCGAAAUGUCUGGUAUUGUGCUAAAUGUACUAAAAACAUGGAGAAGGCAUCGAAGAAGAAUGCUCGUUCCAACAACAAAAGUCCAAUUUUAACAAGUUCGGCAUCAUUUCAAUCAGCCGUUAAUAGUGGACGUGAUUCAGCAAUCCAAUUGAUUAAGGCAAAAGCUGCAAAUGAAAGUUUAUCAUCAACCAGUAAUAGUAAUAUAAUGCAACCCUUUAAAAGAGUUGAAAUGAAAAUACCACAAUCACCUGGAGCCAGUGGAUCAGGUGGUAAUUCAAAUCCAACUACACCUACCAAACCUGUUGGCUUAGCUGGACUUGCGGCUAACCUUUCGAGGACAACAUCGUCUCCAUCGAUGCCAUCAAGUAACAGUUUAUCAAAUAGUUCAUCAAACAAGGAGUCUAGUAGCUCAUCUUCAUCUAGUUCAAUUCCCACUUUCAACUUAUCUUCAUCAUCUUCCACGUCCAACUCAUCAUCAUCUUCAUCGCCUGUUACUCCAUCAACCCAUCCUUCAGCCAAUUUAUCUAAAGCAGACAAAAGGAUAGCUCAGAUGAAAAAGAAAGCAGCUAAUAAAAAGAAUCUACUAGCUUCAAUCAAGUGAUGAAAGAUUAACUAACAGCUCUUCAUCUCAACUAAUUUCUACUAAUUGAUUUAUUAUCAAUAGUAAAUCCCAGUGGCUGAGAUAGAGAAAGAGAUAGAGAGAGAUAUAUAGAAACUUAUAUGUGAUUUUGGCUAGAGAACAAGGUUAAUGUGUAACAAUUAACUGACCUUGUCUAAACGCUGGACAAUUUGAGCCAACUACAAUUUAACCUUUCUGAUUUUAAUUUUCCUUACAGUCCGAAAAGUGACCUACUAAGCGGAAAAUGGAAUUAUGUCUCCAAUUAAGAACUUGAAUGUUUUAUCUGUCAACUGAUUGUCAAUCGCACUGAAUUGCUUUUCCAGAAAUCAAUAAUCAAAAUAAGGGUUCAACCUUUUUUUCCGAAUAGGUUAAUUUUCUCAUUUUUCUAACUAAUUUUUACCAAGCGCGUUGAUCAAUUUCCAUGGGUGAUUCCUUUUUCUAAUUGCAAUUGCUUGAAUGGCUCAUAAGAGAAUAAUUGUGACUCUGGGUAAUAAGAUAAUUAAUAAUUAAUUUAUUAUAUUUUUGUCAUUUCAUAAAAUAAAUUCAAUGAUAUCCAAUGUUUAA